AAGGAAAUCAAAUCCUCCAUCGCAUUUUCGCAUUGCAGAAGCAAAAAAUUUCCAAGGAAAGGCGUCUUAAUAAACGUCGUUCUCUUUCUCGUUCAUUAUCGAUACCAUUUUCUUUCAUUUCCUUUUCUCGGUUGGUUUUUCUGUUUUCUCAGAGAAAAUGAGGGAGUGCAUUUCGAUCCACAUCGGCCAGGCCGGUAUUCAGGUCGGCAAUGCCUGCUGGGAACUUUACUGUCUUGAGCACGGCAUUCAGCCUGAUGGCCAGAUGCCAAGUGAUACAACCGUUGGUGGAGGAGAUGAUGCUUUCAACACCUUCUUCAGUGAAACUGGUUCUGGAAAGCACGUCCCUCGUGCAGUGUUUGUAGAUCUUGAGCCCACUGUCAUUGAUGAGGUUAGGACCGGAACAUACCGCCAACUCUUCCACCCUGAACAGCUCAUUAGUGGCAAGGAAGAUGCAGCUAACAAUUUUGCUCGUGGCCAUUAUACCAUUGGGAAAGAGAUUGUUGAUCUUUGCUUGGACCGCAUCCGCAAGCUUGCUGACAAUUGUACUGGUCUACAAGGGUUCCUUGUUUUUAAUGCUGUUGGUGGGGGUACUGGUUCAGGACUCGGUUCCCUUCUGCUGGAACGUCUCUCAGUGGACUAUGGCAAGAAGUCCAAGCUUGGGUUCACUGUGUAUCCCUCACCCCAGGUUUCAACCUCUGUUGUUGAGCCCUAUAACAGUGUCCUCUCUACCCAUUCCCUUCUGGAACAUACAGAUGUUGCUGUGUUACUUGAUAAUGAAGCCAUAUAUGAUAUAUGCAGGCGCUCUCUUGACAUUGAGCGUCCUACUUACACCAACCUUAACCGCCUUGUUUCUCAGGUGAUAUCAUCACUGACUGCCUCCUUGAGGUUCGAUGGUGCCUUAAAUGUGGAUGUAACUGAAUUUCAGACCAACCUUGUGCCAUACCCCAGGAUUCACUUCAUGCUUUCUUCUUAUGCUCCUGUCAUCUCAGCUGAGAAGGCCUACCAUGAGCAGCUGUCUGUCGCAGAGAUCACCAACAGUACAUUUGAGCCCUCAUCGAUGAUGGCCAAGUGUGAUCCUCGCCAUGGCAAGUACAUGGCUUGCUGCUUAAUGUACAGAGGUGAUGUGGUGCCUAAGGAUGUCAAUGCUGCUGUGGCGACCAUCAAAACUAAGCGCACCAUCCAAUUUGUUGACUGGUGCCCAACUGGAUUCAAGUGUGGCAUUAACUACCAGCCUCCAACUGUUGUUCCGGGUGGUGAUCUUGCUAAGGUGCAGAGAGCUGUGUGUAUGAUCUCCAACUCCACCAGUGUUGCAGAAGUAUUCUCUCGUAUUGACCACAAGUUUGACCUCAUGUAUGCAAAGAGGGCAUUUGUGCACUGGUAUGUUGGUGAGGGCAUGGAGGAAGGUGAGUUCUCUGAAGCCCGUGAGGAUCUUGCUGCCUUGGAGAAGGAUUACGAGGAGGUUGGUGCUGAGUCUGCUGAGGGUGAAGAUGGAGAUGAGGGAGAUGAGUACUAAGAAUUGAAUGUGUAUUUCUGGUCCUUCAGUCUGCUUUUCUUGAGUGAUGCCUGGUGUUACUAUGCUUUCAUAAUAGUUGGACAUGAUUCUAGUUAUCUUACUUGAGGUGCUGCUUUGCUUUGUUGAAGUAGCUUGACUUUGUUGCUGCACUAAAACUUUUAUUAAUGAUAUAUGCUUGUGGCUUUGUGUUCUAAGAUUUGCUUAUUCAUAUGAAAUGGCAUCACUUUGAACAGUACACGUAUUAUGGUAUUAUGAAGUAUGAGCCUUUAAAUGGCUGUUUAAUAA